AUGGGUCCAAAUAUUCUUUACUUUAUUUCCCAACCAGCAUCCCUCAUUCGAAAGGGCUCAGCAUCUAAAAGUCGUUCCCACAUCCCAAUAUUCGCAUUCUCACCGUCAUCAUGCGACCUGGAAACUCAUUUAAAUCAUCUAUCUAUCUAUCUAUCUAUCUAUCUAUCUAUCUAUCUAUCUAUCUAUCUAUCUAUCUGUUCAAAUCUCUCUCUUUCUCUAUCUAUCUAUCUAUCUAUCUAUCUAUCUAUCUAUCUAUCUAUCUAUCUAUCUAUCUAUGUUCAAAUCUCUCCCUUUUGUCUAUCUAUCUAUCUAUCUAUCUAUCUACACCAUUAUAUAAUCACUAAAUCUAUCUAUCUAUCUAUCUAUCUAUCUAUCUAUCUAUCUAUCUAUCUAUCUAUGUAUGUCAAUGCCUUCAGAUCCUUCUAUCUAUCUAUCUAUUUCUCUAUAUAUAUAUGUUCAAAUCUAUCUAUCUAUCUAUCUAUCUAUCUAUCUAUCUAUCUAUCUAUCUAUCUAUCUAUGUUCAAAUCUCUCCCUUUUAUCUAUCUAUCUAUCUAUCUAUCUAUCUAUCUUUGUCUCUUGACAUCUAUUUACCUUUGUUCUUUGAUAUCUAUCUAUCUAUCUAUCUAUCUAUCUAUCUAUCUAUCUAUCUAUCUCAGUAAUAAUAAUAUAGCAGACGCUACUGGAAAUUUGCCAAAUUAG